AUGCCUGGAAACGAAUUUGGAGAGAGGAUCCACAAUUUCUUUGGACAGGAGGGACUAUCCCAAGACCAGCAUCAGUCUCAGGUUGUUGACGGGAGCUGGUCCAGUUUUAGUAAUGGUUUAGUCGGAAACCAGAGGCAGAUAGACCCAUCACUAAUAGCCAAUCUGAAGGGUUAUAGUACACAACAAUCUGUUGAUCCUGAGAGAGGGCAAGCUUCAAAUUCGCAGCAUGGUAUGGAUUUUACUCAGCAGCCUAUAAGGUCUGACUACUCCAGAAGUCUAUUGCAAGACCACCAGCAACUCACAAAUGGUUACAUGCAUGGGCAGGCAAUGCCGAAUAAGGCAAAUUUUAUGGGAGUGGAUGUAGAAUCAAGUAGGGGUAACUUAUCAACGAAACGAUUUUCUCCAGAUCUUCAUAAAAGUCCUGCGAGGUUUGAGAUGGGACAAUCUCCGGUUAAUUAUGAUUUCUUUGGUGGUCAACAACAAUUAAACAGCCAGCUCCCUGGCAUGCUCCAGCCUUUUCCAAGGCAGCAGAUGACAUUCAAUGAGAUGCAACUACUAAAGCAGCAAGUUAUGGUUAAGCAAAUGAACGAAUAUCAAAUGCAGCAACAGAUUCAAAAGCAACAGCUAGAAGCCAGGCAGCUCAAUUCUUUGAAUUCAAAUGCAGUUAAUGGAAGUCGCUCAAGUGAUAAUCAAUCACACCCUUUGAUUAAUGGCAUCCCUCUGCAAGAUGCGUCUAGUAAUUGUUGGCAGCCUGAUCUUAUGACAGGAAAUACAAACUGGAUGCAUCGCGGCAUGUCGCCAGUUGUUCAAGGCUCAUCCAGUGGGCUCAUGAUUACCCCUGAGCACGGGCAGGCGAAUUUAUUGGCACAACAAUUUGAACCUUCAUUGUACGGUAUGCCUGUUGGUGGGGCAAAUGCACUCCAAAAUUCCUUUUCUCCCGUUCAGAUGAACCGGUUAGCUUCGCAGCAUGCUUCUGCUAACAGGAGUUCCUCGCUCACCAAUCAGCCAUAUGCUCUGAAUCAAGGUGAUGCACAGGAUAGUCAUAUGCUCUCUAGAUCCACAUACCCGGAGAAACUGUUGUUCUCCAAUACAUCAGUUCCUGGUUCAAAUAAUAGGCCAAAUUUUGGAAGUUUCCAGCAAGAUGAUUCCCGUGAGAGGAACAAUUCAGUGCAGGAGAAAUUCGGUGGGAUGGAGGGUUCUGGUCCAUCAGAAAAAUCAUAUAUGAAAGCACCUGAAAAUGUAACUGCAUUGCAGAAUUCGACAACAUUAGAUCCAACAGAAGAAAAGAUUUUGUUUGGUUCGGAUGACAAUUUGUGGGAGGCAUUUGGAAAUAGCACUGAUCUGAGCUUGACAGGAAAUCUUAUGUCCAGUCAUUCUGACCUUUAUGAUGCAUGCCCUUCUUUGCAAAGUGGGAGCUGGAGUGCUCUUAUGCAGUCUGCUGUAGCAGAAACAUCCAGCGACGAGGCAGGCUUUGGUAGUAGGGCCCAGGAUUUUGGUGCCAAGGCUUCAAAUCCACUAAGUGAGAGACUCCACAGUGAUUCCACUCGGACAGCUGUUCAACUUUUGCAUGAGAACGGCCCGUUGGAGAAGCCAAUAGCUCAACGCAGUCAAAUGGCUGGAAAUAUUUUGCAUUCUUCAAAUUCUGGUAUUGAUGGACAGAAUAAUUUGUUUUCUGUUCAAAAGAAUGAGGGCAUUGAAGACAGAUUUGGUAUCUGGAAGGCUGCUUCUAAUCCAAAUGGAGCUGCUGUGAUUGAACAGAAGAAUCAUUUCACACAAAAUCCGCAAAUGCAAAGGGCAAGCUAUGGAUUUGGCAUAGCCGGUGCAGGAAACAACUCUAGUCCUUCUAGGGAUGUCCAGGGAAAUAUUCAACAGCAUUUGGAUAGUAACUCCGUGGUGAAAGCUAUCCCUCAACUGAAUUCUAGAGACGGCAGUCAGAUUCUUGAGUCAUAUGCGAAUAAUAAUGCCGGUAAAGCCAUGGCUGAAUCCAAUGGAAUGGUGAACUCUGGAAAGGAGAACUCAAAUGACAGUUUUGGAUUGAAAUUCUCACAACAAUCUUUUACACGUGGGUUUCAAGAAAAUAAUCAGGUAAAUGCCUGUGAUUUGUCUAUGUUGCCUGGUGGGAAAGAAACACAAUCUGGUCAUGACGGUAGCAGGCCGUCGAUAAGUCGCAAAUUCCAGUAUCAUCCCAUGGGUAAUAUUGGUGUCACUGAUGAGCCUUGUCGAGAAAAAGUUUCUCAUUUGCCACCCACAUUGGAGCAGGUGUCUGUAGGAAACCAAGGGUAUUUUGGGCAGUCAAAGUCUCUUGGUCAGCCAGCUAUGAACGUGCGAAUUGACAGGGGACACGUUUCACAAAACGACUUGAACUGCACAAAUGAGGCUCUCAAAGGCAUGGGUUCAGAAAACUCACCUAGUACAUCUGCUUCAGUAGACAGAAGCGUUGAUAUGUGUAAUCAAUUAAAGAGUGUUUCGUCAAGGCAGACUAUGCUUGAGCUUCUUCACAAGGUGGACCAGUCGCAGGAACAUUCCUUAGAAACAAAUGUUUCCGGAAUUACUGAAGCAAAUAUGUCUGCUGAAUAUGGUGGUCAAUUUCGGCAUAGUCAGUCAUCUGCUUCUCAGGGGUUUAGUCUACAGCUGGCUCCUCCAUCUCAACCAGCUCCCAAACCUGAUAACGUGCAGUUUUCUCGGGAUUCUUUUCAGACUAUGAAUUCGCUUCAUACUGCCCCUGAGAAAGGAGGAACAAGUCAGUCAAGGUUUGCUCCGUGGGCAUCUAAUCAAUCUCUUCCUCAGCAACCCACUUAUCAAGGACCAUUUCCUGGUAACCCAGGAGAAUCCAACGUAACCUCUGGCUUCCCUUAUUCCAGAGGGUAUCACCAAAAUCAACUGAUGCCUGUUGCUACCCGACAAUCAGCUGCUAACCAUUUAGUCACUUCAUCUCUUCCUCAAGUGAAAGAAAGAAAUGAACGUAGUCACAUUGAUCAGCGUGGACAUUCAGCACAAACACCUUCUCUGGCAACUCCGACAACCUACAACAACAAAGGAGAUUCAGCUGAAGGAUUUCCUAUGCUGUCUGCUUCUCAGCCUCUGGUUGCAUCCAGCUCGCCCCAGCUAAGUUCCUCUUCUGGUAUGAUGUCUGACUCACCAGCCGGUAUUUCUGCACCGCAACAUCAGUUUUGGAACCAGCCAUCUAAGCCUCAGCCAGAUGUUUUACAGCCGCGUCCAUUGCCCAGCAACAACAUAGAAGAGAGCUUCGCAAGGCAGGAGAAAACAAAUCAGAUAUUGUCCCAAAAUGGAGGAGACGUGUCAUUAAAUGGGAAGGACAUGGUGAAUAUGCAUGAGUUACAGAGUAAAGAUAUGGGUGCAAAACCAACAUCUGAUGUUGCUUCGAUGUUCUCUAAAAUGGUGCAGAGCAAUCUUCAAACGUUUGGUCGGUCUCUUCCUUCAAAUAUCCCUUCCAAGAAUAACGUACGUAAUGAUGAGGAUAUGGGUGUGGAGAGAUUUGAGGAAAGCGCUGUUGAUCAUCAGAAGGUGGCUCCAAUAGGGGAGCAACAACCACGUUCAAGAUCUGAUGGUUUAGUUAGGGAUGGAUUGAAUCACAAGGAAUCAUCAAACCACAUGGUGCAUUUUGGCCAAACUGUUUCUCAGAAUCUUUCCAAUAAGAAUCAUUCACCCUCUCCUGGAUCAGAUCAUCAACAAAUCAGUCCUCAAAUGGCUCCAUCGUGGUAUAGUCAAUAUGGGACUUUCAAGAAUGGACUGGUGCAACCUGUGAAUGAUACAGGGAGAUUCACCCCCUUGAAGAUAGGAGAACAAUCUUCUAAUCUUGGAAGUUCGGUAGAUGGUGCAGAUUCUUUUCAAAUGUCAAAGCAGUUACAUACUGCAGAUCCUAGUUACGCUUUUCAGAUGCAGCAAAUGUCUGGCUCCAUACCAGAAGCGGAGACUCCCUUAUCUGAGUCAUUGCCUCAUGGUGCUGACAAACUUCCGAUGGUUGGUAAACCAAAGAAGCGCAAAAUCGCCACAGCAGAGGUUAUAUCAUGGAAUAAAGAAGUCGUGCAAGGUCCCCAGCGACUUAAGACGCUCAGUGAGGCCGAGGUUGAUUGGGCUAGAGCUACUAAUUCAUUUGCUGAAAAAGUGGAAUUUGAGACACAACUUGAGGAUAGCCCACGAGUCAGAUCAAAGAGAAGGGCUGUAUAUGCGAGACAACUCAUGCAACAACUAUUCGGGGCCCCUCCUGCCAGGGUGAUGUCUUUGGUUGCUAGCUCAAAUUAUGAGCUUGUUGCAUAUACUGCUGCCAGGGCUGCACUAGGAGUUGCAUGUAGCUCCGCUACUACCGACAGGAGUGAGCACAUUUCGUCCCCGAACAAUUCAACCCCGUUAUCCGAGAGAACGAAAACUGAAAGAAUCAGUGACCAGUAUAUCUCCAAAGCUGCGGAAGAUGUCAUUAGUAGAACACGGAAACUAGAGACUGACUUUGCAGGACUAGAAAAUGGAACAACAAUAGCAGACUUGAGAGUGGAAGUCGAGGAUCUAGAGAAGUUUGCAGUGAUCAAUCGUUUUGCGAGGUUCCACCCACCAUCGUCAUCUAUGGACCGGACCGCGAGUUCACUUAGGUUAAACCCACAAAGAUAUGUUUCCGUUGCUCCAAUGCCUCAAAAUAUUCCAGACAGGGUACAAUGUCUCUCUCUCUAA